CUUUCUACAGGGAUCUAGAGCCUGGGGGGGGCAGGUCCGUCGUUGCGCGGCUCCCCCAUAGUACUUCCGGUUAGACUAGGCCUGAGUAUCGGCUGGCAGCCGUUGGCUGCGCCGGUCGGUUAGUACUGAAACCAGGAUGCGGCUGCUGCGCGGUGGGCUUCGCUUCCUGCUGUGGUCAGGGACCCGUCGCGGGCCCGGCCGGCCCCUCUACCAGCAAGGCCAGAGUCCCACGCCCCGCACUCGCGAGUACUUCUACUACGUCGAUCACCAGGGACAGCUUUUCCUGGAUGAUGCCAAAGUCAAGAACUUCAUCACAUGUUUCAAAGACAAGCCAUUCCUUGUAUUCUUCUUCAAGCAACUCAAGUUGAACCAGAGCGGUCGCUAUGAAGACUCCUUCCCUUACCUAUCACCCUGCGGUCGGGAGCACAACUACAUCCGCUGCGAUGACCGGCCCAUCGUCUUCACCCACCUCCUGCAGGCAGCAUCUGGAGAGGAGCAGUUGUCUUACUGUGGUGGAGCAGACAGACUGGCAGUGCCCUUCCAGCCUGAGAAGCUGGUGAUGUUGCCCGAGAACGGGCGCGUCUACCACCCAGGCCCAGAGAAAGCUGGUGGUGUCGGGCUGGUGAAAUCGGCAUUGGCCUUUGAGCUGAGCUCCUGCUUUGAGUAUGAGCAAGGGCCCAGCCAGCCACCCACCCAUUUCCGCUGGCAGGACAAACGGUAUGCCCUCACUAAUGAAUUGCUUCGGUUUAUCCAAGUCAAAGAGGAGGGGGAAUCCUAGAACCAGCGCUUGAAAGUGUUCAGUUUGCCAGCCUGUGAACUGUAUAACCACCCUACCUAAUGAUAUGGGAGCGCCUGCAGCCAGCCUUUGCGGCAAGGGAGAGACACGUCCCAUCGUUCCGUGUGCCUUGUUUAUCCAGGAAGCCAAUCUGAUGAAGAAGCCGGUGGGAAACUUUCAUCAAAGGCCAGCUGCCACCUUGGGAAUGAACAUGGACAGUGUUUUUUGGAAUAAAAUGGUUCUGUUUCUUGUA